AUGGCAUCUGAGACAGAGGGCAUGCCUCAGGGUGUGUUCCAGUGCCAGCUCUGUGCUGUGUCAGCUCCUUACAGCUACGUGGGGCAGAAGCCCCCCAACACCCGGUCUGUCGUCCUCCUGGAGGAAUGCUACAUCCUGAAGGACCCCUUCACCGCAGACAGGGGCAGGUUCCUGGUCCUUGGCUCUCGAUGCAGCAUUUGUGGCAGGCUGGUGUGCGUGGGCCCGGAUUGCAGCUUAUUCUACUCCAAGAGAUUCUGCCUCCCUUGUGUCCGCGAGAACAUGAACGCUUUCCCACAGGAGAUCCGGCAAGAUGUGGAGAAGAGGAAAGCUUUGGCCAAGACGCCCUGCGGCGAGCCCGGUUCUCGGACCUGA